CCCGUCGCUUCUUCGUCGUCGUCUACUCGCCGAUCCAAACCACCAACUCUCUGGACCUCACCCUCUCUUCCCUUCCCCCUCACUCCACGUCCCGCUCUUUUUAAAUCCCCCUGUCUCCAUGGUUAAAACCCUAGGUCGCCAAACCCUAAUAUCUUCCCCCAAUCCCAAUAUCCGGUUCUCCUUUCCGAGAUCUACCUAUCGACCUAAAUUUCAUCUAGUUUGGUAGAGAAUUCCCGUAGAUCCGGUGAGUUUUGUUCUUUUUUGUUUUUUUUUGUGUUUCUGGUGUGGAUUGAUUGGGAUAAUGGUGGAGAUCGGGAGGUUCCCCUUCCACAACCACCGGCGGUGGCUGCCGGGGUUCAUCUCGACCCACAGGACCCUCUUUUUGGUGGUCUGGGUCGUGGGGUUCGCGACGGUGUUCCUGUGGCAGAGCAGCUCCAUCGACGGGCUCCUGUUCUUCCGGCGGGCUCUGCCGGACAAGGCGGCGCCGAGGCUCCGUCCGUUUGCGUACAAUAUCACGGACUUUGGUGGGGUUGGCGAUGGAGUGACGCUGAAUACUGAGGCAUUUGAGCGCGCGGUGGCGGCGAUCGCGAGGCAUAGGGGGAGGGGCGGCGGGCAGCUCAAUGUGCCGCCUGGAGUCUGGUUGACGGCGCCGUUCAAUCUUACGAGUCAUAUGACUCUAUUUCUUGCAGAAGGUGCCGAGAUUCGUGGAAUUGAGGAUGAGAGAUAUUGGCCGUUAAUGCCUCCAGUUCCAUCAUAUGGAUUUGGGAGGGAACAUAAGGGACCUCGAUAUGGAAGUCUGAUCCAUGGCCAGAAUCUGAAGGAUUUGGUUAUAACAGGACACAAUGGAACCAUAAAUGGACAAGGUCAAGCAUGGUGGGCAAAAUAUCGCAAAAGGCUUCUCAACAACACUAGAGGACCUCUUGUGCAGAUCAUGUGGUCCAAAGACAUAGUUAUUUCCAACAUAACUCUGCGCGAUUCUCCUUUUUGGACACUCCAUCCUUUCGAUUGCAAAAAUGUUACUGUUACAAAUGUUACCAUCUUGGCUCCUGUUACUGGAGCUCCAAACACGGAUGGGAUAGAUCCGGAUUCAUGUGAGGAUGUGGUGAUAGAGAACUGUUACAUAUGCGUAGGUGAUGAUGGAGUGGCCAUAAAGAGUGGUUGGGAUCAGUAUGGAAUUGCGUAUGGGCGCCCAUCUACUAACAUUUUAAUCCGCAAUCUCACUGUUCGCUCUGUGGUGAGUGCUGGAGUAUCAAUAGGCAGUGAGAUGUCUGGAGGAGUUUCAAAUGUUACUGUGGAAGACCUUAAUAUCUGGGAGUCAAGGCGGGGCAUUAGAAUAAAGACUGCCCCUGGGAGAGGAGGCUACAUUCGCAACAUAUCCUACCACAAUGUGACCCUUGAUAAUGUUCGUGUUGGCAUUGUGAUCAAGACCGACUACAACGAGCACCCUGAUGAAGGCUUCGAUCCCAAGGCUGUUCCCCUCUUUGAGAACAUAUCCUUCAGUGGGAUUCAUGGCCAGGGAGUCCGUGUCCCAGUUCGGAUCCAUGGCAGUGAGGACAUCCCUGUUAAGGGUGUCAGCUUCCGUGACAUGUCUGUGGGUAUAACCUACAAGAAGAAGCACAUAUUCCAGUGUUCCUUUGUUCAAGGACGUGUGAUUGGGUCCAUCUUCCCUGCACCAUGUCAGAAUCUCGACCUUUAUGAUGAGCAGGGGCAGCUUGUGAGGCAAUCAGCAUCACAGAACAGCACCGACAUUGACUAUGAUAUUUGAAAAUUUUGUUCCCUCUCCAUUGUCCAGAUGGGAGGAGUGCCGGGUUAUUCCGUGGCAGUGAUGGUUCUGUCAAGCAUCUGUUCCCAAGGUUUCAACCCCCCUGGCUUGUACAUACAGAGCUUUCAAUUUUUGAUUUUUUUUUUCUUUUUUUUGGAAUAUCAGGUGAUAUGCCUCACCACUUCAUGGUCUUGCAGCACUUUGUUUUCUGCCCUUAAAAUUCUUGAAUAAUUAAUUAUGUAGAUUAGUCACAGCAGAGAACUUACUGGAUACAUGUUGAAAUUUGGAAGUUGGGAGAUGUUCUAAUUCCAUGUAUCUGUAUUUUCUCCGACCACUUAAAAGAAUACCCGUUGUACCAUGGUUUCAAAUGACACCUACUUUAAUGGUAUAGCAGAUUUUGUGCUA